CUGAGUAUAAAGAGUGAACCGCGCAACUGCAAGUUUCAAGGGUCUGUUGGAGAUGUUUUGAGUGGUUGUUUGUAUAAUUGUAUAAAUCAUAAAUACUGCCCACAGAAAAGUAACAGACCUUAGGAUAAAUGGCUGCAUUGAAAUACGCAGGGUUGGACGAUACAGAUAGCGAGGACGAGCUGCCCCCAGGUUGGGAAGAGAGAACCACAAAGGAUGGAUGGGUUUAUUAUGUAAAUCAUGAUGAAAUGAAGACUCAGUGGACUCAUCCAAAAACUGGUAAAAGAAAACGAGUAGCAGGAGAGCUACCAUAUGGAUGGGAACAAGAAACAGAUGAGAAUGGCCAAGUGUUUUUUGUUGAUCAUAUAAACAAAAGAACUACGUAUCUGGACCCAAGGUUGGCAUUUACUGUGGAGGAAAACCCUGUAAAACCUAGUGCAAGGCAGAGAUAUGAUGGUAACACUACAGCAAUGGAAAUACUAGAAGGACAGGAUUUCAGUGGGAGAGUGGCCAUUGUUACUGGUGCCAACUCGGGAAUCGGAUUUGAAGCUGCCAAGUCUUUAGCACUGCAUGGAGCCCAAGUGGUACUGGCCUGUAGAAAUUGCACCCGAGCCAGUGAUGCUGUAAAGCAGAUUUUGGAUGAGUGGACCAAGACUGAAAUACGUCUAAUGGAAUCAGUGCUGUACCCCAGAUAACAAAUUCAAAAAUAAAAGAAAAAAGAAAAGAAACAUAAGAAAACGUGCUUGAAGGAGGAACAGAAUUCCAUUUGUUAAUUAUGACUGUUUCUACAUUAUCCACAUUCCAUGAACUUGUGAUGCACUUGAGGUAAACGCUGUUGAUAAACUACCAGAAAAAAUGGUGCCUGUGGAAGGAAUUAUAACAGAUAUGAAAACAAGCCUGUGUAUCAAGCUUAGGUAGGGCAUAGUGACUGAUUAACCAUGCAUAAGGCAGCUGUUGUCUCUAGCUGCUGGUGAACACCACCUAAACGAGAACUGAGUGACACCUAGUAAUGGCUGGGUUCCAAGAAGGAAUGGGAUUUGAAAGUAGCAUCUGAAUUUCGUCACAUAUUCCAUUGCAUUCCAGUGAUGCAGAAAUGAGGAAACUUGCAAAUGCACCUUCAACAUAAGAUAUUACUCUUUCCAGAUUUCUGUCACCGUUUAAGUCAGUACAAAGCCAAGUCUCCUAUUAGCCACCCACUUAUGGCCUUGCACAAGUGGUAACCUGAAUUCAUUCGGCUUAGACUUUGUGGCUGGUGGUUUGUAGCCCAUAUUUAGGGGACAACAGUGUUGCUGAAAUGUUAGCAACUGUAACAAUGGGAAACCAGAGAACAAGAUAGGUGAUGGUCCUGAAUGAACGGUCUGGCUGAAAGAACUGUAAAUGACAGAGAGGGGAAGAUGGACAAAGUUCUGCUUUAUUGCAUCCCACUGUUAUUGUACCAUGUAUGUGUGUGUUUCUCCCUGCCAUGAGGCAGUCCAAAAAGUAACUGUUAUGUAUUAUCUUUCCUGUAUUUCAUACAAUAUUCUUUGUAAAUGUUUGGCAUGAACCUUUUCUUACUUAAGCAUUUCCAAGAGUGUUUUGAUGUAAUUAGAGUGAAUGAUUUUGAAAGAGGUACAUCGUAUGGUUUUGUCACAAACUGACAUUCCUGGUUAGCAGGGGAAUGCAUGUCUAUUGCUUUCCUUCUUAAAUCCCUUGGAAGCAACAUAAGCAUAAUCAGAACUAAUCUCAUAAUGAAAUGCGUUUCUCCUUAACUGUGCAGGGCUGAUUUCAUAUUCACUCUUGAGUUUCAUUUCAUUAGCCUUUUGAGUUAUUCUUAAUUAAAAGCAGAGCUCAGUUUGAAAUCCUGUAAACUCAAAGGUGUGGUGUCCAAGGCAAACCAAAGAGCACCCAGCCAAAUAUUCACAACCGGAAGCCUGUAAAAAGGAUUUUUGAAUUUCUUAAUAUUCAAUACAUUUUGAAAUCUGAUUCCUUGGAAUACAAUAUCAUAUGUAAUUUGGGGAAUUGGUGAACCUUCAGUGAGUUUUUGUAAUAGCCUCGUUGUUGUUUAUUGAGAGGGACUAAUUAACUUUGAUUAUUGCACUAAUAUUAUGGCACUUUGACAGUCCCUCAGAUUUAUGAGACUGGGAAAAUAAACAAAUGAAAUGCAGGUGCUGGAGCAGAAAGAAUAAGCUAUUACAGGACUUUAAUUACUAGGAAUACGUAGCCAGGAGAGAAUUAGUUGAUUAAUUACAGGAUGCUUAUAAUUUACUGCAAUGUGUAAGCAGACUUAGAAAUAAACUCAUAAAAAGUCAAUUGAACUAUGCUGCCUUUUUAACAGUAUGUUUGAAUAUGAAAGGGGAUACUAAGCAAAAUCUAUUUUUAUUAUUAAUUUGUAUAUGCUUGUGUGUGUUAUUUCAGUAUUUCUAUACUGUUGUCAUACAUUUUAUAAGAAUUAUUAGUUAUACAAUAUAGGCUGAAUAAUAAUAAUAAUUAUUAUUUUUUAAACAAUAGCUCUUAGAUUUGUCUACCUACCUUUUGGUAAGAUUUUUGCUUUCAGUGACAAGUAUAGGUCAUCCAAAAGGAGUUAAGAUUUUAUAUUCAUAAUGCAAAUGUUAUUCAUAAAUUGUUUUAGCUUUUUGUUUGAGCUGCCAAACUGUUCAUGGUGAAAAUUGAACUAUUUAAAUACUGUGAGAUAGCUAAUUCCAACAAAACAAGUUAAAUGCAGAAUGACAGUUUCUCCAAACUUCUCGGUCACUGGACCUCGUUUCUGUGCACAAAGCAGUAGCUGUAUUAAGGAAAAAUGGUCAUCCUGUUUCCAUGUAUGGUCUGAUUUUUGUGCCUUGUUCUUAUCCCUUGUGAUAUAAGCAGGCACUAAUAUCACUGGUUCUGUGGAUACUGAUACUCAUUCUUUAACUGACAAGUACCACCUGAAAAUGUAUUUCCUGUGCUUCCAACUGGUAAUCAGAGUGAUGUCUCUCUACAUCUAUUCUAAAGAGAUUUGAAAGAGAGAGUAUUUUCUCUCUCGUUUUUUUGAUUUGCUGAGCCAUAUGCCCAUGGUCAUUAUCCAGACUAAAGAAUAUUUAAAACACACACUUGUUGAAUUUUUGUUUAUUAAUUUUUGUACUUAAAUGACCUAUAAUUAAAAAUCAUGUACAAAAAUACCAUACUUCCAGUAACCAGGCAGGUUUAUAGAUCAGCUGCA